GUGUCAAGUCACAGCCUGCUCCCCGCCCCCCUUCUAACAGACUAUCAUAUCUAACCAAUGGAACUACCCGGAUGAAAGGCAAUAAACCGUACCCAUUCAGAAUAGUUUGACAGGACCGAAAAGCAAAAUCCAAACCACAUUUAUUUUCAUUUUGUUCCAGCCUGAAAUCACGACCACAAGGGAGAGUUUUAGGGAGAAAGUGCGACAUAGUUUCCCCCCCUGAGAAUGAGACGAACCUGAGAUUUAAAGGCAAAGAAACAGUUGUACUGCAGCUCGUUGAACGUUCAACAAGUUAGAGUGUGUUCAAUGGCAAGAACUACGUGAAACCGCCCCAGCUACAAAGGAACAGAGGAAGAACAGCAGUCAUACGUUGUACGACUACACUGGCCGCCUGCAUACAGCGAAGAGAGGAUGCUGUCAGAGCUGAGAGAGAUGAUAUGGGCGGACUGGAUUUGGUUUCCUGAAGGUCACGGCUGGGCUGAUCUGAAGGACCACGAUGGCCUUGUCUUCCCUAAAGCACAGGACCUCUGGGCUGCUCUCCCCAUCGCUCUCUGCUUCCUAAUCAUCAGACCGAUAUUUGAAAGGAUGGUAGCGAUUCCUCAGGCCUCUCUGCUGGGAGUGAGUGACAAGAAACGUGUAUGUGCACAUCCAAAUCCUACCCUGGAGUCCUAUUUUUGCAAAACAUCAAAGCAUCCCACGCAGAGCUCCAUAGAGAGCCUAAGUAAACAGACGGACUGGUCAGUGCAACGGGUCCAGAGGUGGUUUAGGAGACGGCGAAACCAGGACCGGCCCAGCAAGCUCAAGAAAUUACAGGAAGCAAGCUGGAGAUUUACCUUUUACUUUCUUGCUUUCUAUGCUGGCCUGGCAGUCCUUAUUGAUAAACCAUGGCUUUAUGAAAUGAAGCAGAUGUGGGAUGGCUUCCCAAAAAUGCCACUGAUGCCUUCACAGUACUGGUACUACAUGGUCGAACUAGGUUUCUAUAUCUCGCUGGUUUUUAGCGUAGCAUCAGAUGUCAAACGUAAGGAUUUCAAAGAGCAGAUGGUUCAUCACGUAGCCACCAUUGUCCUCCUCAGUUUCUCUUGGCUGGUCAACUACACCCGAGCAGGGACUUUGGUUAUGUUACUUCAUGAUGCCUCAGACUACCUAAUGGAGUUAGCCAAGAUAUUCAGCUAUGCAGGAUGGAAGAGAACCUGCAACUGUAUCUUCACGGUGUUUGCAGCAGUUUUCAUCAUCACCCGCCUCGUUUUCCUCCCCUUCUGGAUCAUACAUACAACAGUGGUGUACCCCCUGACCGUCUACCCACCCUUCUUCAUCUACUACUUAUUCAACGGGCUGCUGUUUGUGCUGCAGGCUCUACACAUCUUCUGGGCUGCGCUAAUCGUGCACAUUGUCAUCAAAUUCCUGCCAGGAAAUAACAUUGUUGAGGAUGAGCGGAGCGAUAAAGAGGAGUCUGAGUCGGAAGAUGACGAUCACGAUCACGAGCAGAGGGAAAAGUCUAUGAAUGGCCACGCGCCCCUCGGCGGUGACCACUGGAAGGAGGACUGAUUGGACAGUGAGAACUAGAGAGGAGGCUGUGUGGGGAGUGACAACGGGCCUUCACGUGUCUCCCUUAGCUGAAAGCCAAAGAAUGGAAGUGUGGCGAGUUGAAUGGUGCAGUAGGCAACACACACACACACACACCCAUAUCUAUAUACCCUUCUUUCCGAAACCCCAGUAGUCCGUUGUGGAUCACAUCAGCCCUCUGUGGAUUACACUGAAUUAAAUGGAGAGGGGAAGACUGCACUGGAGAACCGCGAUGAUCUGCUUAGCAUCGAAGCAGCAGAGUGGUUUCCUCAUUACACACACCUGCUCUUUUCUCUCCCCUGCAGUGUCUUUUGCUCUUUUUCUCAGACUUUGUGCUGUUGACCAAGUUGCCAAAUCUGCAUGCAGCUUUACAACAGCUUCACACAGCUGUUAUUAGGAUGGUAUCCCCUUCCUACACAAUCAGAUAACACUCUUCGAGUAUUAUUGCCCUUAAACGUGACUGAUUUUUGCUCUAAAUGACCACACUGAGAUCAGUGGCACUGUGAGGAGCACUAAGGUGAAUGAGGCCAUGGUUUCCUACAGACCAUAAUCUGAUUAAAGUAUAUUUACUGAAGCCCAAAGCAUCAGUUGAAUUUGUGCAAGAUAGUUUUGUAGCUGUCAUUUUGUCACUUCGGUCCAAUGGUUUGGAGCAAGAGUUACUUAUAUUUCUUCCAGUGAUGUUGAAGACAAAAUCACUGGUGAUUAAAUUAUUAUUUUUUUUAACAUUUAAAACUACAAGAAGGUGCUACACCUGCCACAUGUUGAAAUGUGCCAUUGUGGACAUUUGUCUUGCAAUGCUUUGAAGGCCUUGUGGGAGGCAGAACGUGCGGAGACCAUUUUAAAUGUUUUUGUUUAUGCUCAGUAUCUUUUAGUUUGAUUUUAUUUUUCUUUAUCUUCACUUUUCAGUCCAGUUAAACAUUUAAAUUUAGAGGCAGUUUGUUUGAGUGCAACCCAAACCGAUCAAUAACUGUUUAUGAGAGUUGAUAGGAUUUCCGUCCAGUGUGGUUUUUCCCUAAUCCUUCCAAAGAUGCACCUUAUGGUUUCUUCUGUAGAUCAGCUUUGGCUAAAUAUCUGAAAACCAAACUUUUAUUUGCUUUGAUGAUGGUGAUUAUCCUUAUCCUUAUCCUUUGCUAUGUUUAGAUUCAAAUUAAUAGGUUUAGAGUAAGAUUUUUGUUAAAUACUUAUUUUAAUUAUCUACCCAACAUCUUCCUUUUUAUCAAUUUUGGUUCAUUUUGUAAGAAAAAGAACAGUUUAAUAAAAUCUUAAGUAAAGGGAUAAAAAUUGAAACAUCAAAGUAUGGUUUACAUUUUGACUUUGUCAUCUGCAAAUGCCUUCACCAUAUCGAGUGUUAAUUGUAACAAAAAAAAGUCUUUAUUUCUCUGUGCCCCAACACCCCAUGCACUCUGUGCCUCCCUGACCAAUCACCUGCAGCUCCCUCUACAGCUUUGCGUCUACAGAAAGUCAUUUUGUUUUGCAUUAAGUGUGGCUGAGAUGUAAAAAUCCAUAAUGAUGAUGAUGAUGAUGAUAAAGAUAACAGUGGAUAAAUAUUCUGUGCAUGCUUUUGUUUCUUCCUUUACAUUUUGAGUUCAAAUGACAGUUUGAU